GCCAAUCGAAGGCGUCACUGCAGAACAUUUCCUCGUCUCUGUGUCCGGCCUCCGACCGCAGCCACCUUCCGUCUCGCCGUUUUCCGACUUGGCGCUCGGCUCCAAGCAGCCAGUCACCAAACGCCACCGAAAGCUGCUGAAGAGCAGCGUUGCAGCCUCUGGCGCCCCCGCUGGCGGAGAGGCGGAGCUGCAGCAGCAGAGGCUGGCGAGGAUGCAGGAGUCGCGCCGCCGCCUGCUCAAUGACAUCUGUACCAAAUACCAGCCGGGCGUCGGCGAGCAGCUCGUGUCGCAGCGGCAGGUGUCUCGGAUCUACGUGGAAGAUCGGUCAAGGCUGCUGUACUGCGAGGUGCCCAAAGCCGGCUGCUCCAACUGGAAGCGGGUUCUGAUGGUUCUUGACGGUGCCGCUGCCUCCACACGGGACAUUCCUCACGAUGCGGCGCAUUAUGCCAAUCACCUGCAGCGGCUGGAGAGCUACGAUCACGCAGGUAUUGGCGAGAGGCUGCACUCCUACACCAAAGUGCUGUUUGUCAGGGAGCCCUUCGAGCGACUGGUGUCAGCGUUUCGCGACAAGUUCGAGAGUCCAAACUCAUACUACCACCCUGUGUUUGGGCGUCCAAUCAUCUCCAGGUACAGAGUCAAUGCCACGCGCACAGCGCUGCGCACCGGCGCCGGUGUCACCUUCAGGGAGUUCAUCCAGUACCUGCUGGACGUGCGGCGGCCGGUGGGGAUGGACAUCCACUGGGAGCCGGUCAGCCAGCUCUGCAACCCCUGUCUGCUGCGAUACAACUUCAUUGGCAGGUUCGAGAACCUCGAGGAGGAAGCCAACUUCCUGCUACGCAGCAUCGGUGCCCCGGCCAACCUCACCUUCCCCGACUUCAAAGACAGGAACCCACUGGCCGAAAGAACUUCCACCACAAUUACCCGGAAAUACUUCUCACAGCUGAACGCCACCGAGCGGCAGAGAGCCUUCGACUUCUACUACAUGGACUACCUGAUGUUCGACUACCCCAAACCCUUCAAAGACCUGCACUGACACACCUGUGGUCACCUGUUCUCAGGUGAACUCCUGCAGCACUGAAUGCUGAACACAGACAGCUGAUCCCAGCUGAUGAUGAUGAAGGUGGAGGAAGAGCAGCUUCCUGCUGCUCAUCAUUAAGCGUUCGUGUCCACAGUUUCUAGACAGUUGUUGUCGUGCUGCUUCCCAGCAUUUAACCUGAUGGACAAACAACUCGUUAAGGUUAGCUUUCGAUGACUGACAGGUGCUUUUCAACAGGCUCCACCCUCCUACGGCUGCACAAACAUUGGGUGCACCUGAUUGGACAAAUGUUUCACUUGUGGUCUGUCUAAGACUGGACCAACAUACGCUUGUUUAGAAAAUUUCUCUUCACCAAAAUGCAUUUCUGGAAUCAUUUGAGGCUACAAAUAAUCAGUAAAGUCGCCAAAUCCAUCUUCAUUUUAGAUCGACAACAGUUUGUUACAAAUUUAAAAGUAGCCUCAACUCGGGACAAUAUUUAUAAUCUGCUGAUACAGAGUUCCAAUCUGAUAGCAUUUGCCUCGAGGAUACACAGUUCAAGUCCAUUAAAGUUAAUAAAAUCAA